AUGAAGAUAUGCUUAUCUGGUCGGGCAGCCGUCGCGGUUCAAUUUUUUAACGUAUCUUACAUUCUCUUGAUUUCCCAUGAGCCUUGCUUAGGUGGACUUGAACGAACUCUCGAGCGACAAAGUGCAAUAAAGCGCUGUGUGGAAAAUAUCUGUGGUAUUGGUAUGACUUUGAAGGAUAAUGCGUCCUCUCUAAUGUCUUCCCAGGCUUUAUUCAUAGCCGGAAUACACACACAAGAUAUCCAUUUCAGGGGCGCUAUCUUGGACCUACUUGAGGCAUGCCGAGAGCGAAGUGGAUGGCCUGUCAAAUCGUUAGGAGAUGAAUUGCAGCAGAUUUGGGAGAGCCAAGCCUCACUUUGA